GUCAUUCUCACGGCGAUAGGCGCUCAACGAUUUGAUUGGUGGAACAUUUCUGAGGUCAAAGUUUAACUUCCGUGUCACGCAGCUAACAUGGCGGAUAAAGAAAAGAAGAAAAAGGAGAGUAUCUUCGACUUGUCAAAAUACAUCGACAAGCCGAUUCGUGUGAAGUUUCAAGGAGGACGAGAGGCCAGCGGUGUCCUGAAAGGUUUCGACCCUCUGCUGAACCUGGUGCUGGACGGCACCAUCGAGUACAUGCGGGAUCCAGAUGACCAGCUAAAGCUGACAGAAGACACCAGGCAGCUGGGACUGGUGGUCUGCAGAGGGACCUCCGUAGUGCUUAUCUGUCCUCAGGAUGGCAUGGAGGCUAUACCAAAUCCAUUCAUACAGCAGCAGGAUGGCUAACACACAGUCUGUCACUCUCUGAGCCACAGACACACACACACACACACACAAAUACAAACAU